ACAAUGGCUUUCCUCUGGAUCGUGUCCUGCCUUGCCUUUGUCAGUGCCGCUUACGGCUGUGGUACCCCUGCAAUCCCUCCUCAGGUGACUGGCUACGCCCGCAUUGUUAAUGGUGAGGAGGCUGUGCCCCACUCCUGGCCCUGGCAGGUGUCUCUGCAGCAAUCCAAUGGCUUCCACUUCUGCGGAGGUUCCCUGAUCAACGAGAACUGGGUUAUUACUGCUGCCCACUGCAACGUCAGGACCUACCACCGUGUGAUUGUUGGAGAGCACGACAAGGGUGCUGGAGCCACCACCGAAGACAUCCAGAUCCUGAAGCCUGCCAAGGUCUUCACCCACCCCAAGUGGAACCCCCGUACCAUCAACAAUGACAUUACCCUCAUCAAGCUGGCCACUCCUGCACGUAUGGGCACCACCGUCUCCCCUGUGUGCGUAGCUGCCAGCGGGGAUGUCUUCGCCCCUGGCAUGACCUGUGUGACCACUGGCUGGGGUCUGACCCGCUACAACGCCCCCAUGACUCCCAACAAGCUGCAGCAGGCUUCCCUGCCCCUGCUGUCCAACCAGCAGUGCAAGAGUCACUGGGGCAGCAACAUCUCUGACGUCAUGAUCUGCGCUGGAGCCGAUGGUGCUACCUCCUGCAUGGGUGACUCUGGUGGCCCCCUGGUCUGUGAGAAGGACAACAUGUGGACCCUGGUCGGUAUCGUCUCCUGGGGAAGCAGCCGCUGCUCCACCUCCACCCCCGCCGUCUACGCCCGUGUCACCGAGCUCCGCAGCUGGGUGGACCAGAUCCUGGCUGCUAACUAAAGAGGCCAAGGCCAUAUCCAACCAGGCCCAGUCCCCAUCCCUGACCACUCAUCCUGCCCAGGCUAUCACACCAAUGUCUGCACGUUGGGUAGAAAUCCCCUCUUUAGCUGAGCUGGAUGUUGGACUUUAAUAAAUGCAUUUAUGCACCAUUUG